CAGUCACAGCCCCAGCAACAAUCGCAGCCCCAGUCACAGCCGAAGCCCCAGCCCCAGGCACAGCCGCAGUCACAAUCCCAGUCCCAGCCCCAGCCCCAGUCACAAGCACAG